AUGAAAAUUUCAACCUUUUUGCUUGCGACUUUCUCUCAACUCUCUCGACCCGCGAAUGCUGAUGAGAGGGUCUUCAUUGAUGAAGAAGGCUUCAUGAACAUCGACAAUAAGAACUUCAAAUUGGAAGAGCAAUAUCUCAACGACGAGCUCGCUGCGAUCCGCGAUAUGAGGGCGAAACUCUUUUUCGACUGGCCGGCACCAAUUGAAGGAAUGCGAGGAACAACGGUCAAGAACACUAUAAACGACCAAUUUGAAAAGCUCGAAGAUCGACUUCGAAGCGACACGGCAAAAUGCUUCGGCGAUUUCGACAUCGCCCCGAUUGAAUUCCCAGAUUUGACUAGCUACGGAGGGAAUGAACUGAUCAAUACAACGAUGUACAGAAGAUUUCAUAUUCAGCUCGCGAGAAAAAUCGCUGUAUAUAUCCGGCAAGUUUUCAGCACUGGAUCUUCUAGAUGCACAAAGCAGCAGGUGAUCCUGAUGCGACGAUUGGAGCGACUUCGUCUUAUCACCUUGUGGCACUACUGUCACCGAUUCGACUCGACCGUCCCCCAAUGCAGCUGGGCAUACCUGGACAACAAAAAGAACAUUCGUGCUCAUCCCCGAAAACAAGCUUGGAUCGAAGGCAAAUACGGAAAGAACGCUCCAUUUCAACAACGAGCAGUCGUCUGCGACAUCGAUGCAGGAAACAAUGACAUCGAACAAAAAAUCUCCUGCAAGGACGACAAGAAACUCGUGAUCGAUUCUGCCGUUUUCGGGCGACAAAAUGGCCACGAAUGCCUCGGGAAUUUUCCGAAGGGCCAUUUUUCGGUUUGCAGUCACAAGGAGGAUGUAAAGAGCUCGAUUUCUGAUGCAUGCGAAGAUCAAACAAGUUGCUCGUUGACAACAGGCUUAAUUCCAGAAGAGAAUAAGGGCUUCUGUGAAGACUCGGAAAAAUAUUUACUAGUUCAUUAUUCCUGCGAGGAAUAA